AAUAAAAGCCUAUUUCGUGUAAGCCGGGAGCACCGUAUCGUUGGCUCCGUCUAGGGUUUUAGCCCCUCUCGCCGCAACCUCCCGUCCCCUGCCGCCGCAACCUCUCCCCAUCCUUCGAAUCCCAUCCGAAUCCCUACCCCCGCAACCCGCCGGGCGACGAGCGGCGGAGCCCGCGGCUGAGAUGGACCGGUACCAGAGAGUGGAGCGACCGCGGAACGAGUCGACCAUCGAGGAGAACGAGAUCCGCAUCACCGCGCAGGGCCUCAUCCGCAACUAUGUCUCCUACGCUACCUCCCUCCUCCAGGAAAGGAGAAUUAAAGAGAUUGUGUUGAAGGCCAUGGGACAGGCAAUCAGUAAAUCUGUUGCUGUUGCAGAGAUUAUCAAGAAAAGGAUCCCUGGGUUACACCAGGAUACCAACAUCAGUUCUGUCAGCAUCACUGAUGUCUGGGAACCCAUAGAAGAAGGCCUUGUCCCAUUGGAGAUGACUCGGCAUGUUUCGAUGAUAUCAAUUACUUUGUCCCCCAGAGAGCUGGACAAGCAAACUCCUGGGUACCAAGCUCCAGUGUAUGUUGAACAACCCAGGCAACAGCAGGGUCCACCACUGCAACGCCAACCUCGCAGACCACCAGGGCAACAAUUCCAGCAGCUGGAGUAUGAAGACUCCUAUGCACGGGGUCGAGGAAGAGGGAGGGGUCGUGGGCGUGGAAGGGGUUGGGGUUGGGGUAGAGGUGGCUAUGGUGGUUAUGGUGGCUAUGGAAAUAACCAAGGUGGCUAUAACCAAGGUGGUGGGUAUUAUGACAAUCAAGGUGGAUAUGGUGGCUAUGACAAUCAAGGUGGGUAUGGUGGUGGAUAUGGCUACAACCAAGGCAGAUACGGAAACUAUCAAGAAAAUGGUGGAUAUAACCGAGGGAGAGGAGGUGGUAUGCGAGGAAGAGGCAAUUGGGGUUACCGUGGAGGCUAUGAUGGUGGCAGGGGUGGUGGAUACGAAGGUGGCAGGGGUGGCGGCUAUGAAGGUGGCAGGGGUGGCGGCUAUGAAGGUGGCAGGGGUGGUGGCUAUGAAGGUGGCAGGGGUGGCGGCUAUGAAGGAGGCAGGGGUGGUGGCUAUGAAGGAGGCAGGGGCGGCGGCUAUGAAGGAGGCAGAGGUGGUGGUGCUCCUGGUGGAAGGGGAUAUGGUGGCCGGGGAAGGGGAAGAAUGGGUGGCCGUGGGCGAGGGAACUGAGUGCAAGCGGACUUCUGGUGUUUCCUUCAAUGCAUGCCUUAUCAAUACCAGGGGAAAAUAUAAGUUAUCUGAGCAUUUUAUGUUGGAAGCAGUUCAGUUACGUGUGAGGUCUGUUAUUUUUCCCCUGGGCACGAGGUUUGGUUGUGAGCAUAAUGCAUUUGCAAGUUUUAUCAUGUAAGUCAUCUUUCAAUGUUCCUGCUGCCAGAGGUUGUUUUCCCAAUGAUCGUUGAGUGCUGAGCAUGCUUGCCAUAUGUUCAUGCCUGCAGUAUUAACAGAUGGCAACUCUUGCCCUGUGUUAAAUUGUUAAUUCUAUUUGUGCAGUUUGCUUUCUUCAA